AUGGCGACGCGGCCAAGGCCGCGCGUAUUUCGUAAGACGUCUUCGCUCUCAGGGACGACAAAAUCAGAUGCAGGUUUAAAUACGUAUACGGACGACUCGUUUUUCGUAGCAUCGCGUGCGCGGACGAACACGAAGCUGCUGGUCGAUGACGAAGUGGACUCCUCCUUCCAGCCCAGUCCAGAGACUGCUGGUGAUCUUUCACGCGAGUGUGGAGACGAUAUCUAUCGUCAUCGACGUAAGAGAAAGGCGCUAGACUUUGACUGGGUAUCGCAAGAGCCACAUACCACGUCACACACUGACGUACAGCGUUUGUCUGUAGAGACACCCCUGUCUCCGUCUGCCGCCAACACACUCGCAAGAGCAACCACGUUAUCUGACUCUCUUCAGAAUCAGAAGAGAGACCUAAGUAUUUCACCUCCUCCCCCGGAUUUUGAAAAAGAAGCGCAGAUCUAUGCCCAAAAUGCCAUCGCCCAAGUAACCAGUGAGCAUCGCGAAAAACUAGCAGCGCUUCAAGUGGAUUUGGGGCUGUGGGACGAUAAUUCCAGUGAUACGUCAUUCGAGCUCAAUGCAGGGUUAGCACAGUACUACCGGGGCCAUGAUGCACACAAGUUACGUGAACAAGCGAUUGCACGUGAAAAGGCAAGAGAAGAGCAAUUGGCUCAGCAAGAAACGACCACCAAUGUCGUACAAGUCUCAGACGAUGACGAGGCCCCUUCGCAAGCGCCAAUCUACAUUGUGGAUGACUCGUCCGAUGAGGAGCCAACAGUUUCUUCGACGCAGGAAGAUACCGCCGUAUCAGCGCCGCAGCCGUCGGCAUUUGCGCAGGAAGAUCCAGAUACCCUACUUGUCACCCUACGUGGGGCGCGUCAAUUGGACGUGCAAGUCAAAGUCCGGGCCACUACUCGUAUGGAUACCAUGCUAAUGCAUUUUUUACAGACGCAUGCUUCGUCUUUAACAGCCGAAGAAAAGGCCAAAGCCCGUCUCUAUUUUGAAGGCGAACUAUUGUCUAUGACCUCCAGUGUACAAGAUAUAGACCUGGAGGACGGCGAUAUGUUGGACGUCAUGUGGUAG